CUCGAGCGACGGUAUAGAAGAGUCUAGAGAGGACUUUCUAUCUAAGUAUUCAGGCGUGUUCACGUUGUCUCUGGCGUGCUCCUGGUAGCUGUUGAUUGAAUGGCCAACAGCCCUGGAAUCCUUCUACUGCCGUUGUCUUGCCAGCUUGCAUCGACUUCAGGCCACCUGCGACGUAUUUCCUUCGAGCCUGAAACAGACCCGCGACCGGACGCAGCGACAGCCGGUGUCGACAACUUGAAUAAGCUCAUCGCAGAAACAUUCUUAACACCAUCAAGUCUUUCUCCACGUUGGCACGAGAGCAAUACUGGCAGUAAUCAAGCAUUCAAGAGUUGAGAGAUCGACAACCCAGAACAACCCAUACCAGUGGCACUGCCGUGGUGGGUGCGCCGAGCCGGAAGUGCUGUCCAUCCCUGAAACCCUCCCAAUCCGAGUCGACGGGGGGGAGGCAGAAAAGCCCAAACCUGCCAGCCCCCUUCGGCCACACAAGUUUUUGCAUCCGCUAUUGCCAGGCCCCGAGCCCACGGAGGUGGAGGUGCUCCAGCAAGGCUAAGGAGGCGCUCGAGGGCCCGGCCACGCUUCAGCACAUGUCAAGCUGUCAUUGGCAAAUGGAGAACCCGCUGAUCCAGCCCGCGCUGUCCUUGCUUCGGUACACGGCCAGUGGUUCGCAGAGUUCGCAGACUGGAGCUCGGCCGCCAUCAUCAUGCAAGCCGUCAGCACCGUUUUCGUUUGUGAGCCCGCCAAUCGUGCCGGCACUUCCUCCAGGGGGCGGCCCAUUGGCACCUUUCGAGGCCGUUCUUCUUCAAGCUGGUUAUUACCACUGGCAUGCAGUGUCGACUUUUGGCUCGACCAAAGAUCCAGACGACCUCAACCAUGAACAUAGCCUCCGAGUCUGGCGCAUACCAACACUCGUUUCUCUCCAACAACCACGGCGAGUGGUGAACCUCGCACGCACCGACGUUCGCGCCCGGAGCACCAACAACAACUUUCCAUCGUCAGAAAUUGGCAUUCCGCCCGUGACUUGCGCUCAACUUGAAGUCAACAACAGCUUUCCACACCGGCAGCACGACGUCGAUGCUACCCAUGAAUUGCUCUUAAUUCCUGCUCAAGGCUUGCACCUUGGAGACCGCUCGCUUACCUCUUUAUUCAAUGUACAUACCCCUAACAUGACCACGACCAUCGUUAGUGCUCCAGGGACACCCCCUGACCUCGCAGGAGACCGUUCUUCCAAAGCCUCGUCAUAUUCAUCCACCUUCUCCAGUCCCGAUGGCUUGGACUCGGACACCACCAACUUCGAAGAGAUUGGUCUUGAAGACGACAAAGAGCCCACACCGAGAAUUUGUACUCAUACACACCAGAUCUCGAUGCAAUCCCUUGGGUCGCAACAAGAUCUUAUACAGUCAAAAGAGCCGGAGUUAAGAGGACCGAAACCAAGCCUUCCUCAGUUGAAGACACAACCAAAGACAUUGGGAUGGAGAAAUGACCCUGCGCGAUCCCCUAUUGACCUGCCAUCAUUGGGGAUGAAGAAGCGCGGAUUCACGAGCCAGGAAUCGCUCUAUCCUCUCAAUAGCGCAAGGACGAGAUCCUCGUCUCCGGCCAAUCGUCGAGUUGUCACAUCUAUUCCAAAUGCCUCUCUCAGUGCUGGCGGCUUACGACCAGGUUCUCAUGCGUCCUCCUCCCUCGGCCUACCCGCACGUCGCGCGUCAUGGCAGCCUCACCGAAAAACCGUCAAGGAGCUGGAGGCCGAGUACCAUGACUCGGACGACGAUCUACCCGACGAUGCUAGCCUCUGGAACGUCCCCGUAUCUCCAUUUCCGUCCGGAACGCGAUCACAUCGGUCGAGUUUUCGCGGGAGCCCGGAUCGAGAUCAGGUCGCCCACAGCCCUCGCCCGAUACCGCUUGCGCAUGCCAAAACAGCCCCAGACACACCUCCUCGGACUACACUGCAUUCACAAACACUGCCCAAACACAGAGGUGUGGCAGCACGGGCGCGGUCCCUGAAUCCGUCCAGAUCGAACCCAUCGUCACCGCGGGGUCUUGGUCAUAUGCCUCCGGGGAGGACCAAGUCGUGGAAUUUCGCAAUGGCUGACUUGAGUGAAGAAGCGCGAAUAAUCUCGGAGGCUUUGGCAUAUCACGCCGAGUCGAUGGCGCAGGAGGCGUACGGGAGCCCGCAAGGAGGUUCAUCCCGGGAGAGCUUAGAGACGCCGGUUGAGCACGUGUCGAGGAAAAAGUCUCCCAUACAGUUACCUCCCAUCCAGAAGAGCACGUUGGAUUUCAUGCCGAUCUCGAAAGAAAAGGAAGCUGUUUUAUCGCGGACACGGCCGCCAUGGCUACCACCAAAAGACCCCAAGGAAGAACGUCGACAUCUGAAGGAGUACCAGCGCAUGAUGGCGGCGUCUCUAGGGGCGGAAAAGAAACAACGCACAAAGGUGCAGGCUCAGCAAUGUGCCAAAGACGACACGCGGGAAUCGCUGAAACGGAUCUGGCAUUAUUACGUGGCCGAGUCGACCGACGUUGCCACGAUCGACCAACGGGUCAAUAGUCUUUGCUGGCGAGGAAUCACCCCUAGUCUCCGUGGACAAGUCUGGCAAAAAGCCCUGGGAAACCCGCUCGCGCUCACACGUCAGAGCUAUGAGAAGGCACUCGAGCGAGCCAAAGAAAUCAAAGCACGGCCGAGAGACCAGCUUGAUCAAGACGACAAGAGCAUGGAGCGGUGGUUCGUCGACAUUGAACGGGACGCCGAGACAGCAUUUCCCGAGCUGCACCUGUUUCAGCGAGACGGACCUCUCUGGCGCGAUUUGAUCGAUCUAUGUGAAGCAUAUGCGUGUUACCGGAGCGAUGUGGGAUACAUUUAUGGGAUUCAACUUAUCGCCGCGUUGCUCUUACUGCAGUCGCCAACACCGGCAGAUGCCUUUAUCUUGCUGGCAACAUUGCUGAAUCGGCCGCUACCAGUUGCUUUCCAGACCAAUGACACCGUUGCGACGGGACGGACGUACAAAUCCGCCAUAUCGACUUUGAAAAUCAAGUUCCCCCGACUUCAUGAAUACUUGUUUGAUUCAAUGGACCAAGGCGGGUUAGGGUUCACAGCCGAAGAAGUGUUUGAACCGAUGUUACGGACUGUCUUUUCCAACGGUCUCGAUGUAGAUCGACUCUGCCGCGUCUGGGACGUCUGGGUAUUUGAAGGUGAUCGGACAUUGGUCCGUGCCGCUGUCGCCAUCCUAGGUUGUCUGCAGUCGCAAAUCUUCGAUGUCCGCGGUAAUCAUGAUCUGAAGAAGCGGAAUGUUCAGGAAAUGCUGGGCUGGGGUCCGUUCAAUCGACUGCCUCAGUCGGGCCAUUGGAAUCUUCAAGCUCUGGGAAGUGAAGAUAAGUUUAUGGAUGAAGUCCAGCUUGCUGGAAUGCUGGAUUAUACUGGCAGGUGAUUGGUAAUAUGUGUACAAAGUUGUACAAAGAUGGAAUUGUCCCCGGAGACUUGAUAUGGAAGAUGAGGAAAGGAGAGGACAGGAGGUAACGAAAGGGGGCCAUUUCUUUUUUCUUAUCAUUUUAAUUUGGUGAUUUUGAUUUAGCCGAGGAUGGAUAUGUUUUGAUGAACGAUGCAUGAUGAAAUAUCUUUCACCAGUGACCAGGUGUUGGUUGGAAAUAUUUGAAUUUUUUUUUCCUGUGAUCGGAUUGGUUUUCUCGAGCCUUCUUCUUUUCACUUUCUGCGAUUGACACGAGAGGAGAAGCAUUGAGCGGCCGGCUUCACUUCACUUGAUUUGAAGUGUUGAGACGUGUUGUGUUGUCUUGUGUUUUGUACAAAAAUCAUACAACAUUGUACAAGUGUACUUGAAUGUUUGAGUUGUUCCAAGGCUGACCACUUUAUCCCCAAUUGGUUUUGAUAUUGAUAUUGUUGGACCUGUGUUCAGGCAGAGGGUGGCAGAACGAGGCUCAAUAGUAAUCAAUCACCUGGUAAAUCAAUCAAUAAUAGUUGAACUGUUCAACUACUCAAUCAUCAUCAUUACGAUCAUCCAUUGACAAGCUAAGGUACCUUACCUAUGUACUGUAUAUACCCUAAUUUUGGUCCCG